CUCGCGCACGGAGUCACUCGAUUUCCUAUUUCCCAUUUCUCUCUCCCUCACACACUACCUGCUCAGCCACUCUCGUGCCCCCCUCCCUCUCACUCUUACAGUCUCUUUGCUGCACUCACUUUGACUGCUCAAGGAUUUCGCACGAUCAAACGGCGCGCGUGUGCGUCGGUGGCGGCUGCGGCAUUGUGUGUGUGUGUGUGUGUGUGUGUGUUAGAGAGAGAGAGGUUUGUUGUGAUCUGGCUGCUGCGCCGCCACCACAGAAGACAGACUUCAGAAGCCAAACUAAUCGGCGCACAGAUGACUGACUUUGAAACGGAUUUACAGCAACCCGCUCCCGCAACAUCCUUUUUCUCCUCGUGGUGCGACUGCUCCCAUCCCGCCCGGCGGCUUUGCAUCGCGGCCUUUUAUCUUCCUGCUCUUUUUGUUUUCUUUUUUUUUGUUUUGACCCACUUCUCUUACUUUAUGUCCCCCUCCGCCGUGAGAUACCUGCUUUGACCUGUUUAACUCCUGCAGCCUCUCAGUAUUGUGGAAGAGCUUUAGGAGGACGCGAGGCUUAGCUUCUCCCUGGGGGAUCUCUGCAUUCUUUCUUCACCCCAUCUCCCUUUACUUCUUCUUUACUCAUAUUUUCUUUUUUUUUGAGCAUUUCGUCCCCUUUCAACUCCUCCUUGAGUCUCUUCUUUCUCCUUCCCACCGUAUCCUCAUUUCCUGGUCUCCACUCUCCACCCCUGCAUCGGUCACUCUCAUACUCCUCUCUUUUCACGAUGCUCCAUUUCUCUGCACCCCUCUCUACUGCCCUACAUUUUUGUCUCCUUUUUUCACCGAUGCCCGUUUCCCUUUUCCUCUUUCUGUGAUCUAUUUCGCCAUCGCCAUCGGACUCGACCUCGGCUUUACAGAACAGAGCUGCCACCUUUGCUGGAAAUUUGACGUGCAAUGCCAGAUCCCUGUGACUGCGGGGAAGAGAUCUCCUUUGAAUUCCACAUGGAGGAUUGAUAAACUGGACCUGUACCUCUGCACUAAUGACCCAAAUUUGAUAUUCUGUGAGGAUUUAUUGGGCUGCAGGACGGCUUAAUGGAAAAGGAAACCGUUCAUCAAACACCGCAGCCUUGAGUAUCUUUUUUGGAAGCUUCCAUCCUGCUGAAGUAUCCUUGAGCAAAUGACUGAAUUAUCUGCAUCCUGAGGGAGUCUUUGUCCCUGAGGUGAAGGAGCAAAUAAAGAGCUUCUUGACAGGGGAUCGUUACCGAUCACGUUGCACAAUGGUGAAGGUAUUCCGCUGGGUCGGAGGUCAUUGGACAGAAUUGGAUUCAUUGAUUUCUAAGAACUGGACCCCUCGGCUUCUUCCUCGAGUCAUGAAGUAAUGCGAUGUUUCAGGAAGCUGUAGAGGAACGAGUCGCAGUUGUGUAGUUGUUUACAGUGGUACGAUCAGGAGAAACCUUUGCUACCGACUCUUAUUUAUUUAUAUUUGGAGUUUCUCUGGGACCUGUACUCUGAUCAUAGAUACCUAAUGUAAUGACUGAAACAGCAUCGGGUGGAGUUCAAAGGAUAUUUGACAUCCUCUAUUUUGCCCGGAGCUGAGUAACAGAUCUGGGACGUGAGAUCCGACUGUUUUUAUUUUCUUUAUGAUGGAUAAUAUCGACCCUGUGACCAGUGGGAAACUAGUUCCCAGUGUAGAAGGUUUCACUUUCCAAAAUUUUCAUCGACAUCUUUCAGUUCUUUAGCUGCUUUUUCAAAUUUACUUUAGUAAAUAUAUAUAUAUUUACAAGAAAAAAAGCCAGAUUGGGAGCUCUUCCUUCUCCUAGGCUUUAUGCUGUUUUUGGGGUCUGGCAGUUUUGUCUGGGCUUUGUGGCCAGACCUUGAACCGCUCCCCACGCAAACCAAAUGGAGAACAGCGGCUGCAUCCCUCUCUGCUGGAGCAAGGGGGCCUGCAUCUACGCACAGCACCCCUUACCAAAAUAUGACGGCCAGUUAGCCACAGCAGGAGCAUCCGAGUCAGGCAUGGCGUCGUCUUCCUACUUGGAGCCCAACCUCAAUCACUCUGCAGGUGGUUGUGGGGUCAAAUCCCGGUCGGGGAUGCCCGGUGGUCCCGGUACCAGCGGCUCUUCUGGAGGUCUAGAGCGGCCCCCGGGCUCCAUGGACCGGGUUCUUAAGAUCUUCCAUUACUUUGAGACCAACAAUGAACCGUGUACCUGGGCUAGUAAUAUCAGGCAUGGAGAUGCUACGGAUGUCCGGGGUGUUAUACAGAAGAUAGCUGAGAUCCACAAGUUGCGCUGUGUGUCCUCUUUGGGCCUCCGCCUGACCCAUUUGCACUCUGAUGCUCUCCACUGGUUACACCCUGAUUUGGGAGUUUCUCAUGUGAGGGAGAAAUAUGAGAAGCAGCACCCCCAGGAGGAGUGGAGGUAUGAGCUGCGAAUCCGGUACCUUCCUAAAGGUUAUCUCAGCCAUUUCUCAGAAGACAAACCUUCUCUCAACUACCUCUAUCACCAGGUAAAGAGUGACUACAUGCACCAUAUAGCUGACCUGGUGGAUCAAGACGUGGCACUGAAACUGGGCUGUUUGGAAAUAAGGAGGUUCUUCAGAGAGAUGCCAGGCAACGCUCUUGAUAAGAAGUCCAACUACGAAUUAUUAGAGAAAGACGUUGGCUUGAGGAGGUUCUUCCCCAAAAGCCUGCUGGACUCCCUUAAGGCAAAGACUCUCCGUAAACAGAUCCAGCAGACCUUCAAGCAGUUUGCUAACUUCAAUGACGAGCAGAGCAUCCACAAGUUCUUUGAGAUACUCACGCCCAUCUACCGCUUCGACAAGGAGUGCUUCAAAUGUGCUUUAGGGUCUAGUUGGGUAAUAUCGGUAGAGUUAGCUAUUGGGCCAGAGGAAGGAAUCAGCUACCUCACAGAUAAGGGCUCGACGCCCACACACUUGGCUAACUUUAAUCAGGUCCAGUCCAUCCAGUACUCCCCUUUAGAGGAGAAGGAUAGGAAAGGCAUGCUGCAGCUGAACGUGGCCGGAGCCCCAGAGCCCCUCACUGUCACUACGGCCUCGCUGACCACGGCUGAAAACAUGGCGGACUUGAUUGACGGCUACUGCCGACUCGUCUCCUCGGCUACGCACUCCUUCAUUGUCAGAGUCCACAAAGAGGGAGACAGAGCUCUGCCGUCCAUACCCAAAGUUUCAAAUCAUGAGAAGCGGAUGGAGAAACGGAUGGACGGAGUGCGAACCCGAGCCGUUUGCGUCUCAGGUCACAUAAGUGGCGACGAAACCGACGACUAUGCUGAGAUCAUAGACGAGGAGGACACCUACACCAUGCCUUCAAAAUACUAUGGACUAGAUCAAGCGCGGGACUAUGAAAUUCAACGGGAUCGUAUUGAGUUGGGACGCUGCAUAGGGGAGGGUCAGUUUGGAGACGUGCACCAAGGAGUCUACAUCAGCCCGGAGAACCCGGCUCUGUCUGUGGCCGUGAAGACGUGUAAGAACUCAACGUCAGACAGCGUCAGGGAAAAGUUUCUCCAAGAAGCGCUGACCAUGCGUCAGUUUGACCAUCCUCACAUCGUGAAGCUUAUGGGAGUUAUCACAGAGAAUCCCGUCUGGAUCAUCAUGGAGCUCUGCACACUUGGAGAAUUACGGUCAUUUCUCCAGGUGAGGAAAUACAGUCUAGACUUGGCCAGCCUCAUCUUGUACUCUUACCAGCUCAGCACGGCACUGGCGUAUCUGGAGAGCAAACGCUUCGUUCACAGGGACAUUGCAGCGAGAAACGUUUUGGUGUCUACAGUCGACUGUGUGAAGUUAGGGGAUUUUGGUCUAUCACGAUACAUGGAAGAUAGCUCUUAUUACAAAGCAUCUAAAGGUAAAUUGCCAAUUAAAUGGAUGGCUCCAGAAUCCAUCAACUUCAGACGAUUCACUACAGCCAGCGACGUCUGGAUGUUUGGCGUCUGCAUGUGGGAGAUCCUCAUGUACGGCAUCAAGCCUUUCCAGGGCGUGAAGAACAACGACGUCAUCGGCAGGAUAGAGAACGGCGAGCGGCUGGCCAUGCCCCCUCAGUGCCCCCCGACUCUCUACAGCCUGAUGACAAAGUGUUGGUCGUACGAUCCCAGCAAGAGGCCGCGCUUCACUGAGCUGAAAACGCAGCUGAGCACUAUAUUAGAGGAGGAGAAGCUCCAGCAGAAGGAGAGGAGCAGGAUGGAGAUGAGGAGACAAGUCACUGUUUCAUGGGACUCCGGAGGGUCGGACGAAGCGCCGCCAAAACCCAGCCGCCGCCCCUCCCUGCAGCCCACCUUCAGUCUGGACUGCGUUUCCGCUCCUUCUCCUUACCAUCACUGCCAUCCAAACCAGCGCUUUGCCUCACAGCUUUCCCUCUGCAUUGGAAACCCUCAUCCUCCGCCUCCCUGCCCUUCCUCUCACCUACCUGCUCCUCUGCUCCACCCAUCAUCUCUAAAACUUCCCCUUAACCUCUCCUCUCCUCCCAGUCCUCAGCUUCAGUCGCCUCCUCUUCACGACUCCGCUUGCUACAAUGUCUCUUUGUCUCAGCGCAAGUUAAAUCCUGAACCCAAGCCUUACCCCUCCUCGUCCCUGCGGGCUCAAACUAAUGCCUUUCCUCCGCCUCACACACAUUCUGACAGCUUGCCCAAUGGCAGCUGCCACCACAAGACAAAUCCUCCGACUAAAGGCCGCAUUCUCUGCGCUUCCCAGCCGGAGUCGAACAUCUCCCACCUCUAUCCCUGGCACCUCUCUCAACUCCUUAACUCUCCUCCCUGCAGCGUGUCGUCAGUUUGCCCCCACGCCCUCCAAAACAUCCAUCCCCAGCCAAAAUCUAAUCUCCAAACGCUGCUGCCGCCAAGCUUUCACCCCGACUGCCAGACUAAUCCCAGUCCUCCAGUCCGGUCCGACUUUGACCCCCAGACCCAGCGCUCCGCUGUGCAGUCUUGUGGGAGGCCUCCGCCGGUCCCUCCCGGCGCGCUCGCCGCUCCCCCACACACUCAGACAGUCCCUCCCGCCCACAGCCUGUGCUCCGCUAACUCUCACCCACCCAGCCGCCCCGUAGCUCCCCGUACACCUUUGUCCAUUCCCUGCUCUGACAGAGACAUGUCCAGACCGUUGAAGGCAGGUUUUGUGCUGCUAAACUACACUGAAGCUUUUUUUUUUUCUAUUAACCAGAACAAACCUUUCUGUCUGUAGCAAAAAAAAAAAAAAAAAAAAAAUGUUGCAACUCUCUUGUUUAUUGAGCUAAACCACCAUGACAAUGUGGUUUAAUCAACCACUUGUAAAAUGUCUAAUAAAACUUUGCAGGGGUGACUUCAAGGGAUUUUUUGGGGUCGGGGGAGGAACCUCACACAUUUUUUUUUUUUUUUUGUCAAACAAAGGCUGCAACAUUUUUUUUGAUCUAUAGUUUUAAUCCUCAUCUUUGACUAAACUCCAACCAGUUUGCAAUAUACAGUGCUAAUGUAGUAACCGUACAAGCAGCAUGUUAAUGCUCAAUACUUGCGUGCAUGUUUUAUUUAAGCAGAACAUGAUGCUGAGUUGUCCUGUGUCUGAAUGUGUUAGCCUGCGUCGGGCAUAGUUUUGAUGUCUCCUUGGAUUAUUGCGCCCUAUUUCUGGCCUGUUCAGGAUGCCUGUGUUAAACCCUAAAUACCCUGAGUUAGCAGUGACCUCACAUACAUGAGUUUAUACACAGUGUAGUCAAUAAACAGCCUUUCUUGAAUCCAGUCGUUCAAAUUGAACUGAACUUAAAUGAACCGUUUCCAAAACGUUUUUCCUGCUAAAUGGAAAGAGAACCAGAACUAAUGCGGUUUUACCAUGCACACCUGUGUGAAGUCAAGUGUUGGAUUAAGACAAAUCACUAUAAAUACCUGAAGAGAACGCUAAAAGAUCUGUCUCUACCUGCAGCUGCCUCCCUCCCUCCCUCACAACAACAUUCUCAAGUGUCUAAGCCUUAAAGACGCACGUUUCCUGUGAAACAUUAAAAGAAAAAAAGCGCUGUUAGAAUUAUUGCACCAUGGGUAAUACGUGAUGGAAGCAGAAACACAUGAACACGACGUCUCUUUAUCUUCUUUUCGUCUGUCAGUUUAAGUUAUAUCCUGGAAACAGUCUGAAUUCGCUCCUGUUAUAAGUAUCUGUGAGACAUUUGCAGAGCCAUUACUCUGAUUUUACACCCCACUGAGACCCUUAGCGGUGAUAGAUGUGUCUGUGUGGGAGUCUGGGAACUGUUAUAUGUGAAGUAAAAGAAAACCUUAAUUGCACUGUGCUACUUGGCAUUCCCUCAGGUUCUUCGGGGAGUUGUGUGACGGGACUACAGGCUUGUAAUGUGUUUUAUUAGUUUAAAAGAAUCCAAAAUUUGCUGCCCUAUAAUGACUUCAUUUUCAGAUCAGAACACAUGUUUAAGUGCCAGAGGUGCUUAAUGAAUCGAACGAAAGUAAACUGACAUUAUAUAUAUUUAUCUUUUGGAUGGUUUGUUAAUCUCCAGUCCAGAUGCACUUUGGCACAUCUGUUCUGACAUCGUCCUUGUCGCGUGGAGUUUUUUCAUAGCAAAGUGUAGCGAUACUUUUUUAUCCAGUACAUAGCACAUCAUCGAGGAGACACACGUUUGCUUAGUGUGAGCAGCUGAACAGAGAUAUAACAAAUUAAAUACGACUGUGAUGCUCAGAUGUUGGAUGUCGAGUCUGCACCGGAUGUCACUAUGUGGCGCAUGUGCAGGACUAAACUUCUCUCUGAAGCUCUGAAGCUUGAUAAUGUUUAUCUCAUCCUGGGGUGAAAGUUUUAUCUGAUUUAGUUAUAAACCAAUCUACUCGCCGCAGUUUUUAAACCUCCACGAUUUAUGUUUGUUCUUAUGAACGACCACAUCCUUCCUGGAC